AUGGAGGAAGAGAAGGGCAAGAGUGCCCAUGUCCUGGUGCUUCUCUCCCUUUGCCGAGGCCACAUAAACCCAAUGCUCCACUUUGCCGAUCGCCUUGCUAGCAAUGGCCUCAGGGCCACUCUCGUGGUCCCCAUCCAAAACCGUGGCGAUAUUGGUAAGGCCGAUCCCCCGGCCGUUGCCGCUGCUUUCCUUGAGUACAUUUCGGAUGGCUACGAUGAUGGCUUGCCUUCGAAUUUCGAUGUUGAGAUAUAUAGGACUACUUUCCAGCGUGUUGGCUCGAAGAAAUUGCUCGAGCUCAUAGCUCGACUCACUGUAGAAGGUCCCCGACCGGUUUGUCUCAUAUAUGACUCGUUCCUUAGUUGGGCCUUGGAGCUUGCCCAUGCCCAUGGCCUCCUAGGAGCCACCUUUAUAACACAGCCUCUUGCAGUGUGCUUGAUGUAUUGUUACUACGGCUGCGGUCUACAGAUAAAUCCUGACAUGUGUGUUUUUCUUCCCAGAAUGCCGCCACUGGGCUUACGAGACCUCCCCUCGUUCAUUGCCCAACCUGAGAGCAACCCAUUGAUUCUUGAAAUGAUGUUGGGCCAGUUCAAGAACAUGGGCAAAGCAGAUUUUGUCCUUGUGAACUCAUUUGACAAAUUAGAGGAAGAAGCGAGAAAAGAGAUGGUGGAGCCAUGGUCCCUGAAAAUGAUCUGGCCGGUACUCCCAUUAGCCUACUUGAAUGGUAGGAACACGAGAGCCACCCUACAGACUGCCUCCGUUGGCUAG